AUGAGGGGCGACAGAGGCUCGAACGAGGUGAGCUGCCACGACGGGGGCAUCCCGAUCUUCAGGCUGCGGAGCGUGGAGGAGACGGAGGCGGCGCACGACCUCCUGGAGCUGAGCCGCUCGCUGCCGCCGCUGCCCGCCCCCGGCGUCACCCCGCACUACUCCCUGCCCCAGGAGCCCCUCUACACCCACAGCGCCCAGCCGGUCUACCACUGCUGCGAGGAGGUCCAGCACCCGACAAACCAGCCACCACUCACCCCGCCCAACUCAGAGUACUCUUCCGACGCCGAGAACAACAACCCAAACCAGGCACCCAGUUCAGGAGCCAACCUUCAACCCGCCGUCUACACCUACGAUGCUCUUCUAGUCACCGACGGCAGGUCCAAGAACCGAAAAGAGCGGAAGACAACGGGUAAAGUGGCUCCACUCAGUCCCAUAUCUUCAGACGACGGCGUGACGACUGAAGCAGAAGAAAACCCUUGCGAUAAAGGCGGACGCUACGUCUGUUCCGAGUGUGGUAAGAAGUACGCGACCUCCUCUAACCUGUCGAGGCACAAACAGACACACAGGAGCCUCGAUUCCCAGUCGGCCAAGAAAUGCUUGACCUGCGGUAAAGCUUACGUUAGCAUGCCGGCCCUCGCGAUGCACCUCCUGACGCACAAGCUGUCACACGCUUGCGGAGUUUGCGGGAAGCUGUUCUCCAGGCCGUGGCUGCUCCAGGGACACCUCCGCUCGCACACCGGGGAGAAGCCGUACGGGUGCGCCCACUGCGGGAAGGCCUUCGCAGACCGGUCCAACCUGAGGGCACACAUGCAGACCCACUCGGCCGACAAGAACUACCAGUGCAACAGGUGCCACAAGACCUUCGCCCUCAAGUCCUACCUCAACAAGCACCUCGAGUCGGCCUGCAUAAAGGAGGAACAAGAAGGAGUCGACGUCACUGUAGUGUUCGAAAAUGUCCGGUCGAGUUUGCAGGUUCAGUAGCAGCAAAGGGACUUCUCUGUGAUACAAUUCGCAAAGAGAGGUACACACCAAUGAAGGAGAACAUUCGUGAUAUUUUAUGCAAUAUGGACGAUUCACACACCAAAGUGGACAGUGAUAUAUACACAACUACAAAUAAAUUUAUAUAUAUGAUAUGUACUGUAUUAUAUAUAAUAAUUAUAUAUAUAUAAGUAUAUGAAUAUCUGUUUUAACAAUAUUGAUUCAUUAUUACUAGACGGAAAAACAUGAAAAAUUUGAAACAUCCAUAUGAACAACCAUUGUUAUGUAUUUUCGUCUUUAUCCGAGCAACG